AUGUCCAAGGUAGCGGAAAAGGGCAAAGCACGAGCAGGGAAGCUGCACCCAAUACUCGCAAACCGGCACCUCGAUACACGCAUCAAAUUGACGGUUUUGAAGAGCGUAAUCGUACCGCCGCUAGAGUACGCCGGAGAAGUAUGGGAAGGAAAUAAGAAGGUAGUGAAAGAACUCGAGGCGGCGCAGAUGAAAGCAGCGAAAACCAUCCUAGGAUGCUCCAGGCGCACAAGUAAUGCAGCCGUGAGGGCAGAAUUGGGGAUCCAAUCCCUACGGUCGGGAAGAGACGCGAGGAAGCUGACCUGGCAGUAUCGCAUGUGCGGGAUGGGAGAGGAGAGGUUGCCGAG